UUACAGUAAUCCUAUCCACCAGUGUUGGGUAUCACACAAACUACAUUCCAACAUAGAUGAAGAUGAAGAUGGAGGUUACUGCUCGUGCUGCUGUGCUGCUCCUCCUGCUCAUAUCUCAGGCCCCGAGCGCCGUUCACUCACAGGAGGAGGAGGCGGCUGUCCAGGAGGAGGAGCUGCAGGAGGAGGAGCAGCAGGUGAUCGAGACAUGGACGAGCAACGUCAAGGCCUGCAGCUGUGACUGUGAGUCUGCUGACUCAUCCACAUUCAUCCCACCUGUGCCGCAGGCAUUACUGCCACCGCCACCUCAGGGGCAACCACUGAACUGCAUGCCAGAAUGCCCCUAUCACAGACCUCUGGGAUUUGAAUCUGGAUCUGUAACAUUAGACCAGAUCAGCUGCUCCAGUCAGGACCAGUACACCGGCUGGUACUCCUCCUGGAUCCCCGACAAGGCCCGCCUGAACAACCAAGGCUUUGGGUGUGCGUGGCUGUCCAAGUUCAAUGACCAGUACCAGUGGAUCCAGAUUGAUCUGAAGAAGGUGGGGGUGGUGUCUGGUAUCCUCACCCAGGGCCGCUGCGACGCCGAUGAGUGGAUUACUAAAUACAGCAUCCAGUAUCGCACUGUGGACACUCUGAACUGGAUCUAUUACAAAGACCAGACGGGAAACAACAGGGUUUUCUACGGGAACGCUGACCGAUCCUCCACAGUGCAGAACCUGCUGCGUCCUCCCAUCGUGGCGCGCUUCAUCCGCCUGCUGCCCCUGGGCUGGCACACCCGCAUCGCCAUGAGGAUGGAGCUGCUGAUGUGCAUGAACAAGUGCACCUGAUGUGAGCUCGGCCCGCUUCCUCCUCACCGGCCACCCCUCCCCUGCCAACAAGCCGCUUGCCAAACGGGGGACAUUGUCUUUGUCUGUCUUUCUUUGGUGAGGCUCAAUGUGGACAGGUUUAUUGAUGCACUAUUUCAUCUGUCUUCAAAUCUAUAAAGUCUAAUUGUGGCGAUGUAUAAAUACUAGAUUGGACAUAUUUUCAAUGCACUCAGGGUAUUCCGAAUGAAAAGGGAUAUUUGGGAUGUAAAUGUUCUUCAAUAAGCUACAGGAGAAAGAGACACAGAUCUGAUCACAUAUUAAUAAACCGGAGUCAAACACUACGUUGAAAAUAGUCACAGACAAGAGUAGAAUCAAAUGAGCUUGUUUUAUUUGAGAUUUACUUUUACAUUUGUAAACAUGGAUAUUCUAAAAUUGUUAAGCAUUCAUUUGUGGGUUUACGUUGUCAUGUAAAUGCUCUGUUGAAAAUAAAAGGCAAAUAAACACUGA